AUGUUGAACAAAGAUUCAUCUGAAAACAUUGCACCACCAGCACCAAUGGUGGACAAUGUUGAUGAUUAUGAAUACCUUUAUGUAACAGAGGCCCUUUCUGCAUAUCCAAAUUGUUACACCACUGAAUGGGAUGACAUGUUUGAGAGUGCUAGGGCACCCGUGUGUGAGGAUUUAUCUACCUAUUUUUUCAAUCCUCUUAAGCCACAGUUACCUUUGAAUGUUCUUACACCACAUGUGAGACAAAACAUUAGUGAUGGUAACAACAUAGAUUCGUCCGAAUUUGUUGUUGAUGAAUCUAAUGACAACCAUGUCAUGGUUAACAUAGAUUCAUCCAAAUUGGUCGUUGAUGAAUCUAAUAACAACCCAGCCAUUGUUGACCCUCUUCCUGUUGAUGCUGUUGAAACUUCCAAUGGAACAGUGCGGGUUAUAGAUUUGUCUGUCAAGGAGAAGAAACUAGGCCGGCCGAAGAAUACGCGGCGCGCGGCCGAUGAAUCUGAUGAUGUUGAUGCAUCAUCAUCACCAUCAAUGUCACAAGAGGUGAAUCAAGCACCCCAGCUUCCCAAGUCCAUUUGA